AUGAGAUCCGUAAAGUGCGUGGUGGUAGGCGACGGCGCGGUCGGUAAAACAUCGCUGCUCAUCUCCUACACAACCAACACGUUCCCACAAGACUACAUACCCACGGUGUUCGACAACUACACAACCACUAUCGCCCUGAAUGACGGCAAGUCCAUGGAGCACCAGGUGUUCCGACUCAAUCUAUGGGAUACAGCAGGCCAGGAAGAGUACGACCGUCUCAGACCGCUUUCGUAUCCACAAACCGACAUCUUCCUGCUGUGUUUCAGCGUGAACGAGCCCAACUCGUUCGAAAACGUCCGCGACAAGUGGUUCCCAGAGAUCAGACACAACACCAACUACGAGAACAUGGAGCUGUUCCGCACUUGUGGCAAGUACCCGAUCCUGCUGGUGGGCACCAAGGCCGAUCUGCGUGACGACGAGCACGAACAGGACCGACUCACAGAAGUCAACUCCGACUUUGUUUCCCGCACCGCGAUCGACCAAUGUGUCGCUCAGUGCGGGCUGAUGGGCUACGUCGAGUGUUCUGCGGCCACCCAGGUCGGUGUAGCCGAGGUAUUCGAGCGUGCCGUCCAGUGUGUCGUUGUCGACCCGGAAAGACUUAUCAACGAGGCCAAAGCUGACAAUGGUGGUAAUAAUGGUAAUGGUAAUGGUGGUGCCAGCCACCACGAUCGACAGGCCGCUGGUCAUGGAGGCUCGCAUCCUACAGCGGGCGCUGGCGUCGGCGACUCAGGUUACGGUUCCGCCUGGAAAAAUGCUUCCUCGGGCCUCACCAAGAAGAAGAAAAAGAAGAGCCCCAAGUGCAGUAUAUUGUGA